AUGAGUUUAAAUAACAAUAUCACUAUCAAUGAUAACAAUAUAAAUGAUAACGUCGACAACAGCAACGGUAACAACAACGAAAUCCCUUCAGAUGACUACCCUGUAACACAGAAAUUAAUAGAAAAAUACUAUGAAAUGAUCUUGGGUUGCCCUAAAAUUAGACAUCAUGAAUUGGUAUUCCCUUCAGAAUUCGCCGCCCAGAAUUCAAACAACAUGGCAAUCACAACAACCAUCCUACGUAAAUGCAACCGUUACGUAUCAAAAUGUUGGUCACUAAUGUAUAACGUUCUAAUUGGUGAUUAUGAAAAGAAUUUGCUGGUUCAAAAACUUUUAUCUGAAAAAAAACAUGCAAUGUCCUACAACGAAUGGAAAAUUGCUUGCACCCAACUAGAUACUCUGACAAACAACAACAAUUGGAAAGAAAUCGAAGAAUCUUCUUACUACGAUUAUAAACUCAUUAAACAGGUUACUUCGAAAUUACGCCAUGCAAGAUUAAACAAAGACUUCCCACAACUAGUCUAUCUAAUUAGAACUAACUGGGUCAGAAAUUUAGGUAAUAUGGGUAAUGUAAACCUUUACAGAUACUCCCACGUAGGAACAAAAUACCUGAUAGAUGAUUAUAUGAACGAAUCAAGAUUAUGUAUCGAAGCUUUAUUACAUCAAUCAGAAUUAGAUGAUACUUAUCUAUUAGGGAUGCUACAACAGACAAGAAGAAAUAUAGGAAGAACUGCUUUAGUCUUAAGCGGUGGUGGGACAUUCGGUUUAUUCCAUAUCGGUGUAUUAUCAACUCUAUCAGAAUUAGAUAUUUUACCAAGGGUAAUUAGUGGUAGUAGUGCUGGUGCAAUCGUAGCAAGUAUAUUGUCCGUUUAUCAUAAAGAUGAAUUACCUGAAUUGUUUGAACGUGUACUAGGUACCGAUUUCAAUAUCUUCAAAGAUGACAGUUUGAAAAGUGAAAGUGAAAAUUUCUUAAUCAAAUUCUCAAGAUUCUUCAAAAAUGGUACUUGGUUCGAUAAUAAACAUUUAGGAAGAACUAUGAUAGAAUUCUUAAGCGACCUUACUUUCAGAGAAGCUUACAAUAGAACAGGAAAAAUUUUAAAUAUCACCGUCUCCCCAGCUUCGUUAUUCGAACAACCAAGAUUGUUAAAUAAUUUAACAGCUCCAAACGUUUUGAUUUGGUCCGCCGUUUGUGCUUCUUGUUCUUUACCUGGUAUAUUCCCUUCAAGCCCAUUGUAUGAAAAGGACCCUAAAACUGGUGAAACAAGAGAAUGGAUCGGUAGUAGUUCUGUCAAAUUUGUAGAUGGUUCGGUAGAUAAUGACUUGCCAAUUUCAAGAUUAUCGGAAAUGUUUAAUGUUGAUCAUAUUAUUGCAUGCCAAGUCAAUAUUCAUGUUUUCCCAAUUUUAAAAUUAUCUUUGUCAUGUGUUGGUGGUGAUAUCGAAGACGAACUGAGCGCUAAAAUCAAACAAGGUUUAACAAAUGUUUAUAAUUAUAUGGCUAAUGAAGCUAUGCAUUUCCUUGAACUAGGCUGUGAGGUAGGUUUGGCUAAAAAUGCUCUAACAAAAAUGAGAUCUGUUCUAUCUCAACAGUAUUCAGGAGAUAUUACUAUCUUACCAGAUUUGAACAUGUUAUGCAGAAUCAAUAAAUUGUUAAGUAACCCUUCCACAGAGUUUAUACUGAGAGAAACAACAAAUGGUGCCAGAGCCACCUGGCCUAAAAUAUCUAUAAUUCAAAACCAUUGUGGCCAAGAAUUCGCACUAGAAAGAGCAAUUUCAUUUUUAAAAGGUAGAAUCCUAAUGUCUUCAACCAUCAAAAAUCCAAUACAAUUUGCUGAUAUUCCCGUGGGACUAGUGAAGUAUGCUAUUGACAAAUUAGAGGGCGAUCAAGAAGAUAAAAUAUCUAAAACCUUAGAUGAUAACUUAUUAGAAACUGAAUCUACUAAUUCAUUAUUGCUAUUACGUGAAAAUUCAAGUGCUAAGCGUAGAUUCUCUUCUGUUAAAUCGUUAAGACCUGCUACUAACAUACUAUUGCAAAGAAGAAAAUCUGACACUUUACCACGUUCGAGAUUAUAUCCUAAUUCUGUUUCUUUUGUGGAAGCGUAUCCUAACUCGAAGUGGAAUCGUGAGAAUAAUAAAGCAACCCACUACAGACCUCAUAUUUAUCACAGAAGAAGUACAGAACACCUGUCAUCUUGGAGGCACAAGCAUUCACCAUAUAAAGAUAAUAAACCAUAUUCCCAACGUAGUAUUUCUCCUAAUUUAAGACGAGGAACCAGCCAGAUAACAACCUCACCUGCAUAUUUUGGAGGUUUUGAAGGCAACCUUCCAUUUACUAAUCCUACUACAAGAUCAAAAGUUAAAAUCAGAUCUUCUGCUCAGAGGAAAGGAGGAAGGAAGGGGAAGAAAAUAUUCUUUACAGAAUCAGAUAAUGAAGAAAUGAUUUCACAAAAGAGCUCACCAUCUGAAGAUUCUCAAGAAUCAUUUGCUAUAGACAAUGGAAAUGAUGACAAAGAUAUACAUCCUCAGUUACAAUCAGAAAGUGGUGACAGUUCAAAUGUAAUAAUAAAUGAAAAUGCCAUAUAUGAUUCUGUAGAACAGGAUAACCCAGAAGGAAAAAUUGAAUAUCUCGGUGACGUAGUAUCAAAUCAAGAUUCAAUUUAA